UUAUGAAACUACGAUAUUUAAUUUGUUAUAGCACAUGAAUGAUAAGGUUUAAAAUGUAUUCCCCUCCCCCCUUUCCCUUUUUGAGGACUACCCUUCACUUUCAGUGUAGCUUAUUGUUGCUAUUCUCAAAAAAUAGUAAAAAGAUUAUCAUGACCUCCCAAAUCAGCAACAUUUUUUACCAAUAAGACUCAAUUUUCAUGGUUCUAAGUCACCAUCAGUACUAACCCCCACAAAAAGGGUAAAAGAUAUUAUAACGCCACCAGUGUAGCAAGAGGAAAAAAGAAAAAGAAAAAAGCUAAGAGCAUCAAUCUUUUUUUUCCUUACUAGGCUUUGAAGCAUUUACAUUAGUGCACAUAAUCGGAUGUCAUUCAUGCAAUCUUGUUUGUGGAAAUCCAUGCAACAUGCACCAUGCACCAAAUGUUUGAAUAGAUUACCACAAUGAACUAGUGUCAGCUUUUAGAAUUGUCAGUUGCAAGAUAUCUGCAAUAGCUUCAUGUACUUAAGGUCUGUGUGGGCAUUGCCAGAAAGGUAAGGCUCCUCCAAUCUCUGAAAACAGUAGCUUCAAUGGGUACCUUUGUUGGGCACAUAGUACCUGGUUUGGCACUCACUCUCUUAGGUCUAUGGCACACCAUCAACACAAUUAGAGCCUACUUUCUAAAAGGCCCUGCUAACUUCAGAAUAAGGUUUUGGUACCCAUUUGGUGGCUCUCUAUCCAAACUUAAACACCUGGAGCUUAUUUUCAUCCUGUGUUUUUCAGUUUUUGCAAUACUUAUGCAAAUUCUAGACUACCCUUUCUUUCGUUUUGCUUUCAGGCUUGACAGCUUUGAGCAUGCAACCAUGUUCCUCCACCUGGUUAUUUUUGCAGGUUUUACCCUUUCUGCAGAGCUGACUCAUUCAUUAGAGAUCCUCUCUGGAGUUGUAGGAAUCCUUGCAGCCACUGUAUUUGGUCAAGAACUUUUUCUACUUCAUUUCCACUCUGCUGACCAUGUUGGACUUGAAGGCCACUACCAUUGGCUAUUGCAGCUCAUAGUUUUAAUCUCUUUCAUAGUCGCUCUGGCAGCAACUUGUUUUCCCACUAGUUUUCCUGCAGCUCUUGUUCUUUCGAUUUCAGUUGUGCUCCAAGGCUGCUGGUUUAUGAUUAUGGGAUUUAUGCUGUGGGCUCCCCAGUUUGUCCCAAAAGGCUGUGUUAUGGUUUUGACUGAGGCUAGCAGUGAUAACAUGCUUGGAGCAGUCAGUUGCCACUCUGAUGAAGCUGAUACGAGAGCUAAAGCACUGGCUAAUUUGCAAUUCAGUUGGAUGCUUUCUGGAAUAUUGAUAUUUACAGGAUGUAUUUGCUUGAAAUUAGCUGGAAAAUUCACCCUAAGGGGACAGUCAACUGAGUAUGAGCAACUUCACAGUAGAGGUGUGGAUCUCCCUGUAUUAAUUGAUGGCUUCAAGCAACCUCAUCCAUAACAAUUGAAGUAUGCCAAACCUUGCAUGUCACGACCUUUUAAGGUCACAGAGCACUUAACAUAUAGAUUAAAUUAGAGUUGCCAUUGAUAAAUGUGAACUCCAGGGGCAUAUCUCUAAAGAUUUGUAGUGCCCCCAUGAAUAAUUGUAUCAGGAGUUGUAUCAUUAUACUGGUGGUAUACUAUAUGAUGUGAUAUAACUUAUUUAGUUACUAAGAUGAUACUCAUCUUGAAGUGUGUGGAAAAAUUUGAAGGGCAAAGUUCAUUUAUGACUCAUUUAAUUUGAAAUAUGAAAUGACAAAGGGCCAACGAACUCUAGCUUAA